AUGUCAAGAAAAGUAAAUAUUGAUUUACAUGUCAAUAGUAAAAUAAAUGGUUAUUAUGUAUCUGGAAAAAAUAAUUCUCAACUUGUUUGUAAUCAAUUAAACGCACUUGCGUUUAAUCGUUAUGAGAAUUUACCUAUCGGUGGUGUUAAAUUCAAUUGGAUAACGCGAAGUGUUGAUAUCGAUUGGACAACAUUUGAUUCAAAUUUUCAAAUUUUAAAUCAUAUUUAUAAUGAAAAACAUUUAUCUAAUAAAGGUUUAUUAGUGAAUAAUUUAAGAAAUUAUGAUAGACAUAUUCGAAAACUUGAUAAUUAUCUUCCAUUGAAUAGAUUUCUACCUGAAACAUAUUUAUUAGAUAAUAUAACUGAUCGAAUUAAUUUUAAAAAAGCCUUUGAAAAUAAUUCAAUAUGGAUUUGUAAACCAGUUGGACUUUCAUGUGGAAGAGAAAUAUUUAUAUUUCGUAAUGAAAAUCAACUUGAAAAUAUUCUAAAUGAAUAUCAUAAAAAUCUUUCGUCUUAUUCAACAAUAUAUGAUAAUCGGCUUGUUCAAAAAUAUAUUGAAAAUCCUUUACUUAUUAAUAAACAUAAAUUUGAUAUUCGAACAUAUUUUUUAUGUAUCUGUUUAUCAAAUGAUAUUCUAUGUUUUGCUUGUCAAACGGGUUAUCUUCGUUUAUCAAUGUACGAAUAUGAUUUAGAUAAUUUUAAUAAAUUUAUUCAUUUAACUAAUCAAAGUAUUCAAAGAAAAAAUCAAGAUUUUUCUUCAAUGAAAAAUCAUACGGGAAUGACAAUGGAAGAAUUUAAUGACUAUUUUAAUGAAUUUAUUCAACCAAAUAUGUCUUAUAUUAAUAAAGAUUGGGUAAUUAAUGAAUUACCUGAAAGAAUUACAAAAAUUCUUAAUCAAGUUGCUUAUUCAAUUAGAAAUAAACUAGUGAUACGUGAAGGAUGUUUUGGUUUUUAUGGUGUUGAUAUUUUAAUUGAUGAUAAACUUAAUUGUUGGUUACUUGAAAUUAAUAGUGGACCUACAUUAGAUAUGACAAAUACAGCAUUAGAAAAAGUUAUUCCUAUGUGUUUUAAUGCAGCUAUCAAUAUCGUCAUUGAAACUUUGGGAAAGUAUCGUUCAUCGGGUGUUAUUUUUCCUCUUCAAGAAUCAAAUCUCUUUAAAUAUCUUCCUUUAUCAAAUAAUUUUGAUCAAUCACAUCAUAUUCCAACUUUUACAUCCUUUAAUAAUCAUCUUAUUAAUUUAACACCAGGAGUUUUUACUUCAAUUCAUCGUUAUCGUCGACCACUUUUCUCUUCAAAUCCACAUAAAUAUGUUGAUAAAGCUCUUAUUCAAAAGACAAGAUCAAAACUCUCUAGAGAACAUCUAUCGCAUCAGCUUACAAAACUUAUUCAAAUAAACAAUAAAUCAUAA